AUGAAGAAGCAGAGGAAUUAUGGAGGAUGGGGGGUUAUAAGGGAGAGGUGCAUGGGAGGAAGAGGUGGUGGGAUUGUGGAGCUGGAAAAGGGAAAGAGGAGCUUUGGUUUCACUAUUGAUGAGGAUCUGGAGCUUCUCAACAAGCCAACAAUGAAGACUACUGUAGUGGAUGAUGGAGAUAUAUAUGAUUGUGUGGACAUACACAAGCAACCAGCAUUUGAUCAUCCAUCUCUAAAGAAUCAUAAAAUUCAGUUAAGGCCAAGUUCUUAUCCAGUUGGACUAUUUGAUGAUAAAUCAUCAUCAACAAAUAGUACUACAUCAACAGAAAUUGGAUUGCCAGAUGGAGGUUGCCCUUCAGGAACAGUACCAAUAAGAAGACAUACAAAAGAAACUCUCAUGAGAAUGAAAUCAUCUUUGAAGAACAUGAACACUCCAUCAAUGCACAAUGGUACAAAUAAUGAAUUGCACCAUCAGCGGGCAAUAUACAUCACCAGAAAAACACUAUCAGAAUUUUAUGGUGCAUCAGCAUUCAUUGAUGUUUAUAGCCUUCCUUUAACCAAAACGUGGCAAGUCAGCUCAAGCUAUAUUUGGAUAAUAAACAAUGAAGAUGAUGAUCAAAUAAACACUAUAGCAAUUGGAUGGACAGUAUCUAAUGAAAGCUAUGGAGAUACAAAAACCAGACUAACUGCUUCUUGGACUAUUGAUAACUUUCAAGAAACAGGAUGUAGAGAUACAUCAUGCCCAGGCUUUGUUCAAGUUAGCAGAGGACUGCCACUGGGCAUUCCUAUAAAACCUCUAUCAACAUAUGGAGGCACACAGUAUGGUUUAAACAUCCUUGUUUUCAAAGAUCCAAAUACUAAGAAUUGGUGGUCUUUUCUUCACAAUAAUCGAAUUCCAAUAGGCUAUUGGCCUAAUGAAAUUUUCACUAAUUUGGGUGCAAAGGCUAAUAAGCUUAAUUUUGGAGGAAUUGUUGGGUACUUGGAUAGCCCGGAUAAGCCACCAAUGGGAAGUGGCCAUUAUCCAAUUGAAGCCAACUGGGUAAUAUGUUCUUCUUUGGAGGUCCGGGAUAUUGUUAAAGAUAUUUAUAAUAUUCGUUAUGUUGUAUGA